UUUUCCCCCCCCCAUGGAGAAGCGCUCGCUCUGAGCCCCGCGAUGCUCCGCGCCCCGGGGUGGUCGCUCCUCCUUCCUCCCCCUCCUCCUCCUCCUCCUCCUCCUCCUCCUCCUCGCCGCUCCGGCCGCUGAUUCCUGCUCCGAGCCGAGGCAAUUCCCGGGAAAACAGAGGCAGAAAUAACGCGGGGAUGGAGCGGGAGCUGCCCCGCGCCAAAUCGCGGCUGCCCUCGCUGCUCCUGGCGCUGCUGGGGCUCGGCCCAGGGCUCUUGCAGGAGGCGCGUUUUGAGGCAGAAAAUGAGGUUUUGGAAAUUCUGGCUGGGAAUUCCACCCAGUCUCUCCUGGAGCGUUGUUCUGAGCUGCUGUUCGGGCAGGCCCGCGCCGCGCCGCGCCAGGUGAACGGCGUGCUGGGCGGCUCGGUGCUGCUGGCGCCGGCGCUGCCGCCCAACCAGACGGUGAAGGAGAUCGAGUGGAGCUUCUCGGCGGGCACCGGCGCCACCAUCCAGGUGGCCGAGGUGGGCCCGGGCGGCUUCGAGCGGCCGGACCCGCGCGACCGCUUCGGCCGGCGCCUGGAGCUGGUGAACGGCACGGCGCUGCGCCUCCGCGAGCUGCAGCGCGGCGACAGCGGCGUCUUCGGCGCCCGCAUCAAGCUGCAGCCCGCCCUGGUGGACGACCAGGCCUUCAACCUGUCCGUCUACGAGGCCGUGCCCAGCCCGCGGACGCGCAGCCAGCUGCUGGCCAGCACCCUGGACUGGUGCAACCUGACGCUGCAGUGCCAGGGCAGCGGCCGCGGCGCCGUCAACGUCACCUGGCGGCGCGACAGCCUCGCCUGGGCCGAGCCGGGCCCCGGGCGGCACCAGCUGUCCCCGGACGGCACCACCCUGCGCGUGGCACUGCCACCCGCCGCCACCAACGUCACCUACGCCUGCACCGUCAGCAACCCCGCCGACCACAAGGUCGCCCUGUUCCACCUGCAGAGCCUGUGCCAGGGCGGAGGGGGACACUCGGCCUUCUCCACCUCGGGCUACGUGGUGCUCUCGCUGAUCCUGGUGGCCGUGAGCCUGGGCGGCGCCUUCUGGUGCUGGAGGGUGAACAGCGAGAAGGCGGCCGAGGCAGGUGGCCGCCACGCCCCACCGGCGCCGCCCGAGGAGAGCCCCGGGGAGCCCCAGUACAGCGACAUCGUCUGCAGGAGCCCCCCCGAGGGCAACGACCAGGGUCCCAGCCCCCCCGAGGCCCCGCAGGAACCCAGCGAACCCCAAAAAUCGGAGCCCGCGGCCCCAAAAGCCUCCCCGGGGGGCGGCGAGCAGAAAGCCCCGGAGGAGGCCGAGGAGGUGACAUAG